UUGCUGUUUAGUGGUUCUUUGCUCCACUUGUCCUCAGAUGCACUGCACCGGGAUCAUCUUCUCGGGACAGGAGCACCUGAACACGGCCCGGUGUCAGGCGGGGGAGACGCUGAUAUUCACCGUCCAUCCCGAACUUUCCUAAUGGGAGCACUGGUUCUGGAGCUGCGCCAUCUGCACGGGCAUGGAUAAUAUGCAUCCUAACGCGGAUCCGAGUAACCGGGAUCCGUGACGCGAUCCCAGGGAACCGAGGAGGGAGCGCGUGGACCAACGGCCGAGGUUCGGUUCUGGUGACACGGACACUCAGAACGUCGGCUGCAGUGGUGGUUCUGGUGUUGGACCUCCUCCCCUUCCUCCUCCACCACCAUCAUCAUCAUCGCCAUCCCACCGCCACACACGUCCGCUGUUCACUCAGUUUCUCCAGCAGCAGCACAACCAGAACCAAACCCAUAACAACAACAACAACAACGGCAUCACAAACAGCAGCAGCAGCAGCAGCAGCAAACAGGCCCGGGGACGUCCGCGGGGACAGGAGCGUCAUGGAGGCAGCGAAAACGUCGUCCUGCUGGGGAAGAGCCGAGCAGAGGAGCGCAUUCAGCAACACCAGCUGAACACCGGCGAGGAGGAGGAGGAGGAGCGGAUGGACGCCAGCCUGGAAUCAGCCUCCAGCACCAGCAACCCUCUUCCGACUGAGACCAGCUCCGAGUUUAAUCAUUAUUAUGGGAAUGGAAGAGGAGGGCCUUGCUUUGAUCAACAUGGCGGACAACAAAGCCCAGGGACUGGGGUAACAGCGGCUCUGUCGGCACACAGCACCAUGGAUCAGGUUCAGAACUCCCACGAGGGCUUCGGCACCAGCAGCCCGUACAACCACUACCCGAACUACCGACCCGGCUACGGAAAUAGUGGCUACGGAGGCACGAUGAGCCCCUCGCGCCAGGGGAACAACCUGAUGGGCCCGGGCAGCUCGGCCAAAGCGGCUAUGGCUGCUAGCAGCUCCCCGGCUGGAGGCGGAGGCGCCAGUGGCGGAAACGGCGCAGGAUUUCACCGGUUUCCCGGGCAGGGGCAGCAGCAGCAGCAGCAGCAGCAGCAGCACCCGUCGGGGGCUACGCCAACUCUGAAUCAGCUAUUGACCUCUCCCAGCCCGAUGAUGCGCGGCUAUGGAAGCGGAUACCCGGAAUACAACCUCCCGAACGCACCGCAGCAGCCGAGCGCGGGCUUGGCUAAAGACCUGAGCUCCCAGUUCGGCUGGGGAGGACCGCAGAGGACUCAUCCGAGCAUGAGCCCGGGGAGCAGCAGGCACGUCAGCGGCAGGUCUCAGGCGCCACCUUUGGACCCAAUGGUCAUGAAGCGCUCGCAGCUCUACACUAUGGGCAGCAACCCGUACUUGCAGCAGCAGCAGCAGCAGCAGCAGCAGCACCACCACCACCACCACCAGCAGCAGCAGCAGCAGGGGGCGCCGUACCCCAGCCAGCCCUACGGCUCCCCUCCCCCACACAGGUAUCCAGUGCCUGGCAGAGCGCAGAUGGGGAUGGGAGCCAUGCAGUUCCCUCAGCAGCAGAUGGCUCCUCAGUACGGGCAGCAGCAGAGCAUCGGGGGCUACUCUCAGCCGGGCCAGCCGCCCUAUUUCAGCCCUCCACAGCAGCAGCCCGCUGCCCCGAGCCAGCCGCCGUACAUGCAGCCUCGCCCACUGCCGCAGCAGGAGGUGCCGCAGGAAGCGUACGGGGGCCGGGGCCAGUCUGCCGCUAUGACUCCUGGGAAACCAAACCACGAGGAGAUGAGCCUGAGUCAGCAGGAGAGGCCGUCCAGCCUGCCGUUUGUGUUUCAGGAUUUAUCUGGCUCCAUUGAUGAUUUGCCCACUGGUACUGAGGCAGCGGUAAGUUCAGGGGCAUCGGGCUCUGGUAGCAUCCACGGCGACCAGGGGACUCCAGCACGUUCUCCUUUCUCCCCUCACGUCUCACCCCGACUGCCACCGGCGACUCGAAGCGGGCCUUCCCCUUCCCCCUCGCCGUCCCCCGCUGGCUCACGAUCUGGACCUCUGUCGCCUGCCACCAGUGGCCCAGGGCCUCAUCUGACACCUCAGGGUUCUGGUCCUGGCCCCGGUCCUGACGGUGGUCCCCAUUCCUCCCAGUCUGUCAUGACUCCGGACCGAGGCUUCCAUCUCUCCAUGCAGCGUAGCACCCUGGGGCCUCCGUUUGGUCCCCAGCAGUCAGCACCACCAGUGUCCCCUCACUCACCGCCUGGGGGGCCCGUGCAUCACAGCUUCCUCCAGCAGGGCAGCUCGUAUGGACAGUACGGGCCCUCAGGUAACUACCCUCGGCCCCCUCAGUAUGGUGGGACCCCUAGUGCCAAGUACAGUGGCCCCGGCCCAGGCCCCGGCUUGGCCAACAGUCUGGGCCUAAACGCCAGCAGUCCCAUGUAUGGUCAGGGCCCUUCCACCCCAGCAGGCCGGGGCCCGGGGCCUGUCGCUGGAGGACGACCCUACCCCGCUGGAGGCAGCACCAUCGCACCUACGUCCCCCGGCAUGCCACAGCCUGCUGGGCAAGGAAUGGGCCCCCCCGGGCCCAGCACCAGCCGCAAACCGCUGGAGGUCGGCCCAGGUGCUGGGUCACCCAGCGCUGGCUCUGCUGCUCAGGGCAGGCCUCCCUUUACACGUUCGCCUGUGUACCACCAGUCCUGGGGCGGGGGUCAGCCCUGCCUUUCUCCUACACCUCACCCCUCCUACCCUCCUCACCCUCCUCACCACUCCCAGCAGGGCUCCAAUGCUCAGGCCCGCUCUGAGCAUUAUGGGCAGAGCAGCUUCCCAGGUAUGGCACCAGUGGGAGGAAUGGGCCCCGGAGGUCCUGGGGUUUUGUUCGGCCACCAAACAGCCAGCAACUCUGGGAGGAUGACGCCACAAGGACCCCCCUACAUCACCCUGCCCUCAGGUCCCAUGAUGAUGUCAGCAGAAGCAAUGGGAGGUCAUUCAGAUGCCAAGCAAAGGUUGGAGCUCAGCAAAGAAAGUGUGGGCCCUGCUGCAGAACUAACCAAAGCCAAGGAUAGCUUCACCUCCCAGUGUGUUUCCCAGCCCCCCAGUCCCUCCCCCAUGUCCCCCAGCUCAGCUAGUGUGUCCUCCUGUCACGGGGAGGACAGUGAUAGCAUUAGCAGCCCCGCCUGGCUCAAGACGUCAACCAGCCUCAAGCCCAGUGUGGCCACCAUGACAAACGAGAAGAUCACCCGGCUCUACGACAUGGGCUCUGAACCAGAAAGGAGGCUCUGGGUGGAUCGCUACCUGUCCUUCAUGGAGGAAAGGGGAACUCCGGUUCCAAACCUGCCUGCAGUCGGGAAGAAGCCACUGGACCUGUGCAGACUCUACAUGUCUGUCAGGGAGAUCGGAGGACUGGCCAUGGUGAAUAAGAACAAGAAGUGGAGGGAGCUGUCGUCCCUUUUGAAUGUAGGGACGUCCAGCAGCUCAGCCAGCUCUCUCAAGAAGCAGUACAUCCAGUACCUGUUUGCCUACGAGUGCAAGGUGGAGCGAGGAGAGGAGCCUCCACCUGAGGCCCUGGGGCCUCCAGCAGACGCCAAGAAAGUCCCAUCACUGCAAGCCAAGGUCCAGCCCCCCUCCCCAGCCAACUCCGGCUCCCUGCAGGGCCCCAACACCCCACAGUCCAGCAGUAGCUCCUUGGCCGAGGCCCCUGGAGACCUAAAGCCCCCGACUCCUGCCUCCACCCCCCACAACCCGAUGGGCCCACAGGCAGCAAACAGGAACGUUGGAGGAGUGAAUGUUCAGGAUCCGUUCUCUGAAGGCAGCGACCCAGCUUUCCACAGCAAGCGAGGCUCAGGGCCUGGUGGCGCCCCCUACCAGCAGACAGGUGGCACAGAUCCGCCUAUGAGGAUGCAGUAUGACGCCAACAAAGAGCUUUAUGGAGGAGCCAGGAAAGGUCUGAGUCCAGACGACUCCUUUGGACCCAGUCAGAUGUCCAGUGGUGCCAUGCAGGAAAUAUACUCCCGUGGGCCACCCACAGGGCCACUGUCUGGGCUGGGCCCCAGACCCCAGUACCCCUAUGGUCCUGGCUACGAGCGGAGGUCAGACCACGCAGAGGGAGGCAUAGUGCCCCCCGGAGCUCAGAACAGCGCGGGCACAUCUGGAAAUGAGGCUGGCAUGUACCCCACCAACAGGUACCCCCUCCAGAGGCACGGACAUGAGACCUAUGGGCAGCAGUAUCCUCACAACAUGCCCUAUAGUUCCCAGCAGCCUCUGUACCCGCAGCAGCAGGGCUACAAGCGACCCAUGGAGGGGUUGUACCCCCCCUCUAAGCGCCAUGAGGGGGAGGUGUUCAGUGGGCAGCAGUACGGGUCUCAGCAGCCAGAAGUGUUCGGCCCGUACGGAGCUGGAGGAGCAGGUGGGACCUAUGUGGGACCCGAACGCCGUCCGGUCCAGAGCCAGUUUCCAUAUCAGUAUGGCCGAGAGCGUCAGGGGGGGGCACCGCAGCACAGCAUGAUGAGCCCAGGACCAGCUUCUGGGUCUGGGGGUCCAGGAGAGGGGCCACAAGCAAACAUGUGGCACCCGAGGACAGAGAUGGGCUACACUUACACCCGCCAGGGGCCCAUGUACCCAGGUAUAAACAGAGGGGAGGACCCAGAUGGCAGGGCCCCCCAGGAAAGCCAGUGGCCCCCCAGUCAUUCCAGCCAACGCCAGCCGCCCUACCCCCCCUCCUCCUCCUCCUCCUCCUCUUCCUCUUCCUCCUCUAUGCCUGGCCUCUCUUCAAGGCAGCCGCUUUCUCCUUUCCAGGCCACACCCACCGCCUCCAACCAUGUGGCCCGCCCCCACAGCCCCUCCUCCUUUCCCCGGCCUGUGGGUGGCUCCCUGUCCCCCAACAGCUCCCCCUAUAUGAAGAAGCCCGGUGUCCCCCCUGGCCCUCCACCUGCUCAGGGACUCCCCAUGAUUCACAGAGACAUCAGCUUCCCCACUGGCUCUGUGGAGUCCACCCUCCCCCGACUGAAGCCACGGCGCCGGCUGACUGCUAAGGACACAGGAACCCCAGAGGCGUGGAGAGUGAUGAUGUCACUGAAGUCUGGCCUGUUGGCAGAAAGCACCUGGGCUAUGGACACCAUCAACAUUUUACUGUACGACGACAGCACUGUGGCCUCCUUCAGCCUCACUCAGCUGCCUGGGUUCCUGGAGCUCAUUGUGGAGUAUUACCGCCGCUGCCUCAUUCAGAUCUUUGGUAUCCUGGAUGAGUAUGAGGUGGGAAACAGGACCCUGCCUGGUACCCCUGACGGGGAAGUGUUGGGGGAGCCACCAGGGGGCCCCUCUGAGUCUAAUCUGCAAUCAGAUGAGGAGACAUCACCAGUUGUUACAGCUGCAGCCCCCACAGACAGCCUGGAGGACGAAGACAAGCCGUCUGCUGUCAGAGAGGAGGUAAAGGUGAAGGAGGAGCCCCUGGAGCAGGCAGUGCCCCGCCCUCAACAGGCCAGCAAGUUUGACAAGCUGCCAGUCAAGGUGGAGGAGGAGCAGUGGCGUGAGGUGGAGGAGCGCUGGGCUGAGCUGAACCGCCACAAUGGCUUCAUCAGUGGCCUCCUACACUGGGCGGCCGGAGGAGGAGACUCCACCACUCACAUCCAGACACACUUUGAACCACACACAGGAGACUUCACCCCCCCAAACCCAGCAGAGAGGGAGGAGAGAAGGGAUGAGGUGGAGAACCUGCCGCUUGAAACACAAGAAGGCUCAGAGGUCAAAGGUCUGAGUGCCAUCAACCAGCUGGAAGACGAGCCUCGCUGCUGGGACGAGGCCCCGCUGUCCACGGCCGAGUCCUGGCAGGACGCUCUGACCAAGCGCUGCAUGUGCGUCUCAAACGUGGUGCGUGGCCUCUCCUUCGUCCCCGGUAACGACGCCGACAUGUCCCGGCACCCGGGCCUGGUCCUGAUCCUGGGCCACCUGGUGCUGCUGCACCACCACCACCCCCGCAGAAAACGGGCUCCGCCCACCUACCAGCGGGAGGAGGAGCAGGGUCUGGCCUGCAGCCGCGACGAGUGGUGGUGGGACUGCCUGGCGGCGCUGAGGGAGAACACGCUGGUGACGCUGGCCAACAUCUCGGGCCAGCUGGACCUGUCGCGGUACCCCGAGAGCAUCUGCCUGCCCGUCCUGGACGGGCUGCUGCACUGGAUGGUGUGUCCGUCCGCUGAGGCCCAGGACCCCUUCCCCUCGGCGUGCGGCUUCUCCUCGCUCAGCCCUCAGAGACUGGUGCUGGAGUGUCUGUGCAAGCUGAGCAUCCAGGACUGCAACGUGGACCUGCUGCUGGCCACGCCGCCCUUCAGCCGCCAGCAGAGGCUCUUCUCCACCCUGGUGCGCCUCGUCGGCGAGAGAAAGAGCCAGGUGUGCCGGGAGAUGGCGGUGGCCGUGCUGUCCAACCUGGCGCAGGGCGACCCCACGGCGGCGCGGGCCAUCGCCCUGCACAAGGGCAGCGUGGGAACGCUGAUCGGCUUCCUGGAGGACAGCGUGGCCAUGGCUCAGUACCAGCAGAGCCCACACGGCCUGCUGCACGCCGGCGCCGCCGCGCCGCCGGAGCCGCCCAGCGUCAACAUGAUGUGCCGCGCCGCCAGGGCCCUGCUGGCCAUGGCCAGGGUGGAGGAGAACCGCAUGGAGUUCGUCCUGCACGAGAGCCGGCUGCUGGACAUCUCGCUGUCGGCCGCCCUCAACUCCGCGGUGGCCGCCAUCAUGUGCGAAGUACUGUUUAGGAUCGGCCGCUCGUGACAGGAGGGCCGGCACAGAGCGCUGGGCUCCGCCCCCGGAUGAACUGGCUCCCCUUAUAUUUUUAUUUAAAGAACAGAACACAAAUGUUUUUACAUACAAAUGAUUAUAUAGAGAAUAUAUAAAGCUUCUCAGCUCCAUCUGCAAAUGUUUAUUUGGGAUUUUUAAUUAAUUUUAAUAGAAAAAUAUUUAAUACUUGUAUUUUACAUUUUUUUUAUUCUUUCGUCUGUUUGUCAUUUUGUUUGGUGUCAACCAAAGUGUGAGAGCAGAGAACGAUGGGUUCUCGUUUGUUGGCGUUGGCGGGUCGUGAAUGGGCUCAGACUUAUUUAAGCGUCUCCUCGUGGUGCGACAGAGGAAACACUGAUGUUCAGUCAUGUGCUUUGUUCUGGUGCAAUACGUUAGUUUUGAACAUUGUUUUAAAUGUGAAUGAUUUGACCAUCAGUAUUUUUGCCAAACCGCGGCAGUAUGAUGCUGGAGGAGGAGGAGGCAGUCCUGUGUCCACGUCGCCUCUAACCCUCCUCCUGUAAAUAGACCAUGUACAUUGGAUGUCAUGACGAACGCUUGACACGCUUCGCUCUGUGCAGCAGGCGAAGACUUUUUUCUGUAUUUAAGGAGAACCCGCUCAGAAUCUGUCCGUUUCAUGGGGUGGGAUGGGGGCCGGGCGGGGGUGCGAUUAAUUUGAGAGACUGUAUGUACAGGAUGUCAUCGCUUUGCUAACUGACUACAGAAAGAGUUCUAACAAAUGUAAUGAGCGAAAAGAAAAGCUCUACAUCCAGAACGCCUCCUGUUUGAUUUGACAGACCUCCUCCAGGGUCUGAUCUUCAUGUGUUACACAAUAAAGACGCAGGAACUAUCUCAACGUA